CAAGAACAACAAAUGUUAUAAAAGUGAACAUGUUUAAUACGUUAAUAUUGGAUUGAUUUUUGAAUGACACUUAAGGUUUUUACGUAAGCAUACUGAACGCAAAGCAAGUAACAGAAUAAUCGUCUAACAUAACACUAUAUGAUAUGAGGAUAACAAAAGAAUAAAUAGAAAUGUGAUACUAUGAAUACAAUUUAAAGAAUAACUUUCAAACAAAGCACACGCAAGUGUGUUAACUAACUUUAGACAAAAAAUUUUUUUAUCUAGAAACCAUCCAAGAAUAUGAAGAAAUCACUAAAAGCUUUAGUGUAUGGAGAAAAUGUGACGCCCUUACCAGCCUUUAAAGUGUUUUCAUUGUUUUUGCUCUUUGUGUUCAAUUCAAUGGUGAUAUCCUGCCAGUUUGCUUAUCUACCGCAACUUAUCAAGUCUUUCGGAGUUUCAGAGGUUGAGACAGGAGAAAAAGUUGGAAUUAUCGUCUCUAGCUAUUACAUUGCUCGAAUAUUCGCCAGUUUACUAUGGGGAAAUAUGAGCGAUCGAUUUCCUAAAACAUAUGUCUUGAUACUGUCUUCACUUGGAUCAGCAUUGGCCAGCAUUGCAUUUGGUUUCACAGAAACUUUCACAUGGGCUGUUGCUGCAAAAUUCUUUACUGGUUGCUGUGCCGGAAUAGCUGUCGUGGGCAAAGCUAUUUUGGUUGACAUUUGUGAUGAUACGAACAUGCCUCUUGGAAUGACAGUAAUCAUGUCCUCGUUUUCCACCGGAUUAGUUACAGGGCCCGCUUUAGGAGGUUAUUUAGCUUUUCCUUCAGAAAAAUAUUCUAAUGUUUUUAGUAAAGAAUCUUUAUUUGGGCGUUACACCAUAUUACUUCCAAACUUUAUAUUGGCUAUUGGAUUGUUUAUUUCUACUGGCAUAUUCAUAUUGGCUUUUCGAAAAAAUUCCCGAAACCCAGACGGAUUGAUAGAAGAAGAGCCUUUACAGCAACAUAACAGUAAAUAUGGAGCGACACAAGUAGCUGAAACUAUAUAUUCUCCUAAGGUUACCACCAAUCGGCUGAUAACACGAUCUUCUCAGUGGAAAAGAUUUAAAAAUUGGAUGUUAAACACAACAUUAUGCAGACUACUUCGGAUCAAAAGUUGUGUUAUGAGUUGUGUUUUAACAGCAAUAUAUUACAUGCUGGCUGUGGCGUAUGAAGACAUCUAUCCAGUGUUAGCUGCGACUACAAAGAAAUACAAUGGUUAUGGAUUCAAUACAAAGGAUAUUGGUCUAUCACUUCUGAUAGUAUCAUGUUUGAUGAUAGCCAUACAAGUACCCUUGCUAGGAAAAUUAACAAGCAAGUAUGGUCCAAGCAAAAUUUUUAUCUUUUCUUCACUUGCAUUGGUAUUCUGUUGUCCAAUCAAUGUAUCAAUAAUAUCUAUUCAAAACAAAAACCUAUUUUGGACAUGUGUCAUCAUUAUUUCAUUACUGACUCGCCUUGCACUUGAAGGAGGAUUCGUCACUGUAAAUGUGUUUGUGAAUAACUCUGUAACAUCCGACCUUGUUGGAUCAGCAAAUGGACUGUGCAUGUCUCUGACGUGCUUAACAAGGAGCGUGGCGCCUACAUUAAUCGGUAGUGUAUUCUCAUGGUCGCUGGAAAACAUCAAAGAUGUGGAAGGGAAUAAAAAUCCACUAGGCUUUCCAUUUAAUCAAUAUUUUACUUUCUACAUUCUUUCUUUUUUUAGUAUUUUUAACGCUUUCUUUGUAACCCUGUUAUCGGGAAAAAUAGAUGAGAAACAAUAAAAAAGUUAUUUUCAGUUACUCUUUCGGUCCGAGU